GGAAACGGAGCACCAACCCCCAUUUUGGUAAUCUGAUAUCAUAUCAUAUCAUAUCACAACGUCGCAUUGCGUAUCUAUCUGCAAAAUCCGGGGGUGCAGAUUAUCAUCGAUAAGAAUGGAUGGACGGAUUGAGUUUCUUCCACUUUUGCAGGUGCGAUAAGCGUUGAUGAUUUAAUGAGGGGUUUCCUCUGCUCUUGCCAUGGCAUGAUUUCGACGGCUGUGCUGUGUUGGAGGACACUUAUUAGUGGGUGACGAUUUUACGAAUUUUGGAUACUGGAUACUGGAUAUUGGAUAUUGCACAUCAGACGACGGUAUUUUACGACAUCGGUUGUUACUUUCUGAGGACACUGGUUUGAUCUUGAAAGUCCUCGUCUACUCAUCAUCACCAACCCCCAAGAAUCAAGAUGCAGAUCUUACACGACACCACCACAAAACCACACGUCCAAGAUGUAUCACUCCCCAUCAGCUCCCCGCAUGUGCCCGACAAACAAGCCCACCUCGAUGCGCAAACCGCCACCGAAAUCGAGCAUUCGAUGAGUUUUCGCGAUGGGCUCCGUCUCUACCCCGCUGCAAUAGCGUGGUCCGCAUUUUUCUCGCUCGGAAUUAUCAUGACGGCUUUUGAUCCCCAAUUACUGGGCAGUCUGUAUGCGACUCCGGCUUUCCAGAGGGAUUUUGGUUAUAAAUACAAGGGAGAUUAUAUCGUGAGCGCGCAGUGGCAGACAGCGUUGGGAAUGGGGAAUCCGAUUGGACAGGUGGUGGGAGCGUUGCUUAUUGGAUUUCCGAUGGAGUGGUAUGGAAGGAAAUGGACAUAUAUGGCAUGUGUAUCUGGUACCGCCGCACUUAUAUUCGUGCAAUUCUUCGCGCGCUCUCUCCCGGUUCUUCUCGUUGGGGAACUUAUCGGCGGUCUCAUUCUAGGCACGUAUACAACCAUUGCCCCUACCUACGCAUCGGAAGUAUGUCCCAUAGCACUUCGCGGUCAUCUAACUUCCUAUGUCAAUCUUUGUUUCGUGAUGGGCCAACUUAUCGCAAAUGGAGUUAUUGCUGGAACAUCUCAUCUCGAUAAUCAUUGGGCAUAUAGUGCACCCUUUGCGAUUCAAUGGCUCUGGCCUCUCAUCAUCUUGAUCGGUAUCCCUUUCGCGCCUGAGUCACCCUGGUGGUUAGUCAGGAAAGAUAGACUCGAAGAAGCAGAGAAGUCGUUGAAUAGACUGUCGUCGGAGAAAAUUGAUAACAGAUUGGUUCUGGCCAUGAUGAUUGAGACAGAUAGAUUGGAGUUGGAGAUGGAGACAGGAACAACUUACUGGGAUGUUUUUAAUAAGACUAAUAUUAGGAGAACGGAAAUUGCGAUUGCGGUUUUUGUGACGCAGGUCUUCAGUGGGAUUUAUUUGGUCGGUUAUGCGGCCUAUUUCUUCCAACUUGCCGGUCUUGCUGGGUCCAAAGCAUUUGAUAUGAGUGUAGGAUUUCUAGCUGUUGGCUUCGUAGGAACCCUUUUGUCGUGGAUUUUGAUAUCAAAAUACGGACGACGACGCAUCUACAACAUCGGACUCGCGGUACUCACGACCAUUAUGUUUAUCAUCGGGAUUCUGGAUUGCGUACCAAAUUAUGAGAAUCGUCCCGGUGUCAUCUGGGCACAAUCGACCCUCAUGAUCGUUUGGAAUGGUAUCUUUGAUCUUACUAUUGGACCCGUGUGCUAUACGAUUUUCUGCGAGGUCUCAGCGACUAAGGUUCGCUCGAAAACUAUCGCUGUGGCUACGGCGAUGCAAGCGCUUGUUGGGAUAGUCAUGACGGUUGCCAUUCCUUAUAUGAUUAAUCCGGAUCAAGCGAAUUGGAGGGGAAAGAUUGGGUUUUUCUAUGGUGGCUGUUCGGUAUUUUGUCUUAUCUGGUGUUGGCUGAGAGUUCCAGAAACCAAAGGAAGGACGUACGAAGAAUUGGAUCUGAUGUUCGCAAGAGGUGUCAAGACGAGAGAUUUCAAGCAUUACAAAAUAGUGUAAUGCAUGUCCACUCCAGUUUGACUCGUUGAUGGAACGCAAAAUGGUGUUCUUACUUACAGAUCGUUAUACUGGCGUCGUCUUCUGUUUCGUUUUCAUGUUCACCACCCUACCUUAUAGUGGGACAUCUUGUGCAUGGUAAUGACGAUGGAGUUAUUUUAAUUAUGUUUGUCGUCCGUCAAUGAGUGCAGUGCAUUAAAGACCUGCUUGCAUUAACCCUACUUUUGAGUCGCUCCAAUUUCUGGAGAAGCCUAGUUUUAUGAUCUCCACCAUCCCAAGAUAGAAUGAGUUGAUUUUGAAAUGAAAAAUGAAAGUUGAAACGCCAGAAUUCGGCACAGAAGGGGUGAGCGGUUUAAUGCAAGAUCAAUCAAAUUAGCUAGCUCAUCGACAAGACAUGACACGACACGACACGACAAUCGGAAUUGACAUCAUUGGUGCCCAUCAACCAGUUUGUCGGUGUUCUUGUCAUCUUGUCAAUCCUGUCAAUCUUGUCAUUCUUGUCAUUCUCGUGGAUCGUCAUAUGUUCCAGAGUCCGGGGAGUCCGGAGGAUUGAUGAGCGAUGGAUAGAUGAGAUUCCAAGUUUUUUUUUUUUUUUUUUUUGGUUUAAGAUUUACCUACACCCAGGUCGACGCACUACGUAGAUGGAAACGGUAAAGGCAAAGGAAGAGAUGAAGAAAGCAAAGUUAUUCCGAGUUUCGUCCACCAAUCUUCGUGCAAAUGUGACGAUUUCCUAUCUGGCACUAUGAGUUGUAAUCCGAACCUAGCA